AUGAGGAAAGGGGGGCGGUAUUUGAAAAUCGUUAACAGCGUCAGCAGCGACAGCGACGUCGGCGUCGACGUCGACUUCGACGUCCACCUUGUCUACGGCAGUUACAGUUCGCAGUUGAGUUGCGACGGCGACGCAGUUUUGUCUCCACGUUCCGUUUGGGGUACGAGCGUGAUCAACAUCAUCACGAUCUGGCAACAACAACAAUUACAACAACAACAUCUGCGGCAGCAGCAGAUUGAUCGCAAUCGAGCGGCAUCUGCGGCACAACAACAACAACAACAACAACAACAACAGCAGCAGCAACGCCAAUGGGCGGUUAAAGCGGGAAUCGCAGCAGCAGCAGCGACAGAAGUUAACGGUAGCAGCGCCGCAGCUGAUAAACAAGCGUUUGAGCGUCACGGCAGCAGCAGCAGCAACGGUGCGGGGCAGAGUCUCGGAAGCGGUGGUAACGUUAACGGCCUGGCGGCCAUAGCUGCCACAGCGGCAGCAGCAACGAGGAACAGCAGCAGCAGUGGCAAUACCAACACUAGCAACAGCGGCAGCGGCAGUGGCAGCAACAGCAACAGCAACAACACUGGCAGUAAGCGCAAAUCAAAGCCAAGAACAAAGUGCUUCGGUGGCACAGUGUUUCGCUGUUGCCUACCUUGUCGCGGGGGCGGCUCCGCAGCCCCCGCCACAAGUCCGCCCCAAACACCCGCGCAGACACCGGACGAACUGAAGCCCAAGACGCAGACAUCACACGCCGAAUUGCAGGCACAAAGUGAGCAACAGCAGCAACAAGAGCUGCAACAGCAACAGUUGGAUACUGACACAGUCAACUGUGGCACGGGAGAGAAGAAGCAUUCGUUAGCGGAUACGAUUGGUACAUCGGUGACGACACCCAUAUCUCUGAAGACGCUCAUCAACGACGUUGACGAGGACUUGGAGCAGCAACUGAGCGCCGCCGAUAUUGCAGCCGCCAGUUUGGCCAGCGGUUUGGUAGCCCGACGCGCCGAGCCCGAAACACUCAGUGACGCGAGUGUCUCACCCACCGUGGUGGUAUUGCAGCUGUCCAGCACAGUGACAGCCAGCACAGCGCCAAGUCUGACGCUGCCAGAAGCAACUAGCUUAACGACAACAACAGCAACAGCAGCAACAGCACGAGCAACAGCAGCAGCAACACUGCUAUCCACAACAAUCAGCAGCGCUUCCCCAACGUCGCCGUCGCCCAGUGGCGUCUAUAACGCCAAUCAGCAGGUAACAGUUAGUGGAAGCAGCGGCAGCAGCAGCAGCAGCAGCAGCAGCAGCAGCAGCAGCGGCGGCGGCGUCGGCGUCGGAGCAACUUCAACAACGGCCACGGCCGCAGCCACAGCGGGAGCUGGAGCUGGAGCUGGAGCUGGUGCAACGCAACGCUGUAGUUGUCAGCCGCAGACAUCGCCAUUGCCUCACAUCAAAGAGGAGGAGGAAUCUGAGCAACAGCAACAAUUGCAUCAGGCGAACAAUCGCCAGCAGGCAAAUAACAGUCCAAUCAAGGGGCUUGAGGAACCACUGCCACCGAUAACAAUAGCCGCUGCUGGCUAUUGUGGCAGCUCGCAGCUAGAAUACGUUGGCGCAUCGACUCCAUCGCCGCGCAUUAAACUAAAGUUUCGCAAGCCACAUAAAUCCUGUUGGUCUCGCAUUGUCCUCGCACCGAUUGGCAGCAGCGGAGGUGGCUCAUCAUCGGCCACGGUUAUUGGCAGCAAUUCGAACGAGACUUUGGCAUCCAGCGGCAGCACCGGCAACACCAAUACCAACAAUAGCAGCAGCAUCAGUGUCGCUGCCCAUCACCGUUUGGCAUCCUCAUCCGCAUCUGCUCUCGCCUCGCAUCCCAGCAAUUCACAGCUGCUGCCCACCACCAAAAUGCAGGCCGAACAGGGAUCCAUUGGGGAUCUCCAAAAGUAUCACAGUCGCUAUCUCAAGAAUCGACGACACACCUUGGCCAAUGUCCGGUAAGUUUAAUUCUUCAUUAACUCAAAACUUUGUUUGGUAAGUGAUGUAAGUGGGUGGAAGGAUUGCAGCUUUCGUAUAAAACGACGGACAUCGUUGUCAGGUUUCAACUUGUAAUUACAGUGCGCCCAGUAAAUAUUGUGACUUGCACAUGUUUACCGCCAAAGGAGGCGCAACUAAUUAUUAUUUCAAAGGGCAAAAUGGAGCAUAAAAUAAUUUUAAUGGCCUGAGUCUGACUAGACUCUGUUGCAACUUAAUAGUUUGACGUAGCUCAUUAUGACU